AUGGCGGCGCCAACGGUCUCUGCAGCACAGGCCAUCGGGGAGUACCUGCAGGCUCCAGACGACCUCGUCAAGGUCGCCGCAUUUCGCAAGAAACUCGAGAAGGAGAAGGCUUCGAUAGAUGCAAGGCUGAAGACUGGCGUCAAGGAGCAACUAGAAGCUACUCGCCGUGGACUGGCUAAGCUGCUAGGCACUCGAGAUAAUGUCCAGGCUAUUCGAGAUGAGAUGGCCUCUAUCGAGCGGGAAUGCGACGACAUGUCGAUCAAGGUGUCGACCUUUGACCAGAUUAGCAGGGUGUCUAUGGUCCACAGGAAUUUUGAAUCAACCGAGGAGAUGGUGAACAACCUGCUGGAGAUGGCGACACGACUCGACCACCUGGAACAUAUGCUCGCCUCUGAUAGCAGAGACAUCGUUGGGCCAGCACCAAACCUGCUCAUCAUACACUACCACCUGAAUCAAUUAGAACGCUUCCGGAACGAAACGAUGCACGAGGCGCAGAAAGCAUCAGCGAGCUCCCAGAAAACCCUGACCCGGUGGUUCGAACGCCUGAACAAGGUGAUCGCCCAGUUCGAUGAGUACUUCGAGGAAUUAGCCAAGAAUAUCUUGCCCUUAGUCCGUGCGGGUCAUUCGGACGUCGUGGUGAGACUUGUCAAGAUUGCCGAGGUUGAGGGCAAGGAAGACGAGAAGGCGAGUAUCCAGACAGCGAUACAAUUAUCUGCGGCCCUCAAGUUCAAAACCAGCCAAGGCGAUGCUCGUGUCUUGAAGCACUACCGACAGAAGAUCAUGAAAGCAAUUACAGCGUCGGUCCAAAUGAAGAUGGAGGAUGCAUUCGAACGCGAUCGAGAGAAUCCCGUUGCCUUCCUCGAGGGUCUGACCUGGGUCUACCAGGACAUUCUCCGUAUAGAGAAGGAUGUGGUUGUCUGUUUCCCCGCAGAUUACGAUAUCUACUCUCACUAUGUGCGCGAGUAUCACAAAGCCCUCAACACUGUCGUCAAACGGAUGGCGUCCGAGAAGCUGGAAGCCACCACAAUGCUCUCCCUUCACGAGUGGAUCAAAGAAUACAAGCAGAAUAUGAAGGAGCUCAACAUCCCGCCGGAGCUUCUAGAACCACCCCUACUCGACGGAAAGGAACAGCAACUCAUCGAGGACUACGUCCAACUUAUUAUCGAGAAGCUAGACGAGUGGUCAGCCAACUUAAUGUCAACAGAGAUCUCGGAUUUCACCAAGCGAGAGGAGCCCCCAGAAAUCGACAGCGACGGCAUCUACUGCACUCAAGGCGCCGUCAUUCUUUUCCAGAUGGUCAACCAACAAGUCGACCUCGCCACGGAGAGUGGUCAAGGUGCCAUUCUCGCUCGCGUCGUCAGCGAAGUCAAUCGCGUUAUGCGCGGUAUUCAGGAACAAUGGACCAAGACCAUCGAUUCGGAAUUCAAGCAUCAGAUCGAGAAACCGGAGGAAGCCGUCGGUGGCCUCGUCGAGUACUGUAUCGCCCUUGCCAACGACCAAGUGAAAUCAGCAGAUUACGCGGAAGCCCUGCUAGGCCGGCUCGAACCCCUUGUUUCCGAGAAAUACCGUGUCACCAUCAACGAGCGGCUCAACGAUGCCAUUGACGGCUACCUCGACGUUGCCAAGAAGUGCAUGCAGACUCUCAUUGACAUCAUCUUUAACGACUUGAAGCCUGCUACAAAAGCCCUCUUCCAACAAUCGUGGUAUGACGGCGUCAUGCACCAGAUCGUGGAGACCUUCCGAGAUUAUAUGGCCGACUAUCAGAGUUACCUCAACGCGGCACUCCUCGAGCUCUUGGUCGAAGACCUCCUCGACGCCUUCCUCCUCACCUACCUCAACGCCCUUGCCAACUCUCCAAAGCUCCGCAUGCCAGCCGCUGCCGAACGAAUGCGCGAUGAUAUUAAUGAAGCAUCGACAUUCUUCGCCAGUGUUUCCCCCGGGCAGGACUUGGCCAGUCGAUUUGGUGUUCUUGAAAUGAUUCUAGCGAUGCUUGAAGCGUCGAAGGACUUUGUCUUUUUGUCGUUCUGGUCCUUUGCGAAGGAGCAUGGUCCCAACCUGGCCUUCGUGGAGGGUGUUCUUCGGUCUAGGAGCGACUUUGAUCGAUCUGCCGUGAAUGAAAUCAUGGAGAGUAUCCGACGGAAGGUAAAGGACGAAGGACUGACAGAUCCACCAGAACCGACAAUCAUGAAGAAAGUGGCAGUUGGAAACGCAUUCACUCGGUUCCUACGGACUUGAAUAGGCCACUGUCCACUCCGCAUUCGCUUACGACUCGCUCCGCUUUCGACUUUCCUUGCAUCGUUCUCGCCGUCCAUCGCACUUGUAUCGGUACCUCACAGUUGUAUCUAUAUAAUAUUGUACAACAACAUCGCAAUACCAUUGAGGCAGGGCGGCGGCUAG